AUGGUCCUUGCGCGAUGGAGUGUGUAUGUGCGUGGGUUCCAUACCACGGCACGGCACCUCGCCAAAGGCAAAAAAAGCAAAGGGGCAGAUGCAAAGCGCCAGCUCCUGCCCCCUGGCUGGGAGGCCGUGAUCGGUAUUGAGUGUCAUGCUCAACUAAAAGCGCCUACCAAACUCUUUAGUGCAACGCCGCCUCCAGCUCUGCAUGAUGCGCCCAAUACACACGUCGCACCUUUCGAUGCAGGGUUCCCCGGUACAUUGCCGUGCUUACAGCAUGGUGCGGUCACAGCUGCCAUCAAAGCAGCACUAGCACUACGCUGCCACAUUGAACCACGCUCGUUCUUCGAUCGAAAGCAUUAUUUCUACGCGGACUUGCCCGCAGCAUACCAAAUUACACAGAAACGAAAACCCUUUGCUCACUCCGGAACUGUCUCCAUCCGCUUCGAAGAUGGCUACUUAGCCUCGCCUGACGACGCUCUUGACGUUCCGAUUGAGCAGCUGCAGCUCGAACAAGACACGGCCAAGUCGACAUACGUUGCUACAGAUGCGGAUGCCCACGUCACCCUGCUGGACUACAGCCGUGCCGGCGUCGCGCUAGUGGAAAUCGUAAGUGCGCCUGUGUUUCGGUCGUCCGAGCAGGCUGGCGCCUACGUCCGCAAGCUGCGGCAAUUGCUACGCUGCGUCGGCGCGUCGGACGGUAACAUGAACGAAGGCUCGCUGCGUUGCGAUGCAAAUGUGUCCAUCCACAAAAUCGGCGAGCCUUUCGGCGCACGCUGCGAGAUCAAGAAUCUGAAUAGCGUCAAGUUUAUGAUGCAUGCGUUAGACUACGAAAUCGAGCGGCAAUAUGCGCAGAUCAGUGCCGGCAAAAGCAUUGUUCAAGAGACUCGUGGGUUCGAUGAGGCGCGUGGCACGACGCAUAGUCUUCGACGCAAAGAAGAUGCGGUGGACUACCGUUUUAUGCCGGAGGCCAACGUUGGUCCUUUGCUGAUCACUAAGGCGCAGGUCGAGGAAGUACGUGCAUCGCUACCAGAACUGCCAGACGCUCGACAUGAACGAUUGCGGUCGCAGUACCAUCUCUCUGUGCGUGAUGUCAAUGUACUCACUCGCCUCAAUGCCGAAGACGAUGCGGCAGGGCCAUGCCUUGUGCCGCGCCUGGAUGGGUGGGAGUACAAGUCGGACGCUGUGGACUUCUUCGAGGCACUGGUCCGCUUGGAGUGUGCGCCGCAAGUCGCAGCGAACUGGACGAUCCAUUUGCUGCCGAAGCACCUCGGUGCAGCAGGCGUGCCGUUCUGUCACAACCCCAUCCCCCCUGUCGUCAUUGCCGAACUGAUUCACCUGCUUUCUGAAGAAAUGAUUACACAAUCCACGGCGCAAUCUAUCUUGCGUGAUAUGGUGCAGACAUCGUCUUUCCCUCAUCGCCAUGGUCAGCUAUGCUUACGUGAAUGGAUUCGCGAGCAGGGCUGGCAGCGGCUGGGCAUCGAGGAGUUGCGGCCGCUGUGCCAAAGCAUCAUCGACUCUUUCCCUGAUGAAGUCGCUGCUAUCCAGAACGGAAAGACUAAGGUGAUGAUGCGGCUUGUCGGCGAGGCUAUGCGGAAGGGCCAAGGCCGCGCCGAUCCAGAGCAGAUCACCGCGUUGCUCCACGACCUCGUAGUGGCCAAAGCGUAG